GAGAGCAAUAAAUUGGUAUUUCUCUACCAUCAAAGUUUAGACUUUGAAUUGUUUCAUCCCAGAGAAAGAAGGCCUGGACGCUUCCAGAAUGGAGCUCCCAUUUGUGGUGGCCAUUCUCAUGGCCUUUGCACAUUGUACCGAUGCACAGCGUUAUUUUCCUCCACCCCGUGGGGAUUCCGUCUAUGACAGACACAUCGGUCCAGGGUACCCUGUUCCUCAUCCAUAUCCUCCACCACCUCCUCCUAGAUAUCCUGCUCCUCCAGCCUCUGUUUAUGAUGAAGGGUUUCAGCCUAAACCUCAACCUCCUCCACCACCUCCUGGACACCAUGGUUCUCAAUUCUCUCCUCCUAACUAUGCGCGCCCUGCCUACCCUUACUCAGGUGAUAACGAAAGAAGAUGGUCAUGGACUAGUUUCUUCGAUUGGUUUCCACUGCCGUUUGAUAUCUUGGGGUGGAUAUUAGACAUUUUCGGUGCUGGAGAUGAACGGGGUAGACCUCACUACUAUCCUCCUCCUCCUCCUCCUCCUCCUAGAUUUACUGGCUUUGGCUCUCCUGGUCUCAUUGAUCCUGGCUUUUCUCCCCACUUUCGCCCUGGUUUCAAUCGCCCUCCAUUUCCAGGAUAUCCUGCAAACGAAUUUCCACCUCCUCAGGAAAAUCCAGAAAAUGUAUCCCCACCUCCUCCAGGAAAUAGUACUGUACUUCCUCCGGGAAAUCCAGGGAACAAAACUCUACCUUCCCAGGUAGAACCUACCCCACAACCCUAAGAAGUAAGCAUCACAAAGCUGAACAUCUCAUCCAGGAAAAUACAGAUCUGCAACCUGAAGAUGCUGAAAAACAAUGACAACACCAGCUUCUAUGAUUCCCAGCUACCUACUGCACAUUUUUCUUACUAAUCAAGUCCUAAACCAUUGAGAGCCUUUUUGUUCUGAUGUAAUUCUUCUUUUGAUUUUGGGUGCCUUUAUGGAAUCCUAUAUUAGAGGAUUGCAGGGAGAUAUGAAUUGAUUUGCAGGAAUAAAAAUAAAAAAUGUGGCAAAACAUUGUUUCUUUAAA